AUGGUAUAUCAUUUACGGUGUGUCGGUGUGCUCGGCUCCUCUCCUCAGGCGAACAUUCCGGUAAGGUUUGUUGUUUAUUGGGACACGGCUAAGUAUACAUCAAGUUUAUUGCAGAAAAUGGCAAAACAUUCUGCUGGUGAUGACGAUGAUGUAAAUUGGAAUACAGAUGAUGAAAUUGAUAACUUCCAAUCGUCUCCUCCUGUAAAUUAUAUAUCCAAAGUCUCAAUUAUUCAACCAAGAAACGUAGUUCAUAUGGAUGAGACGAUUGCUAAGUUUAUUGAGAUGGGAUACUCCAUCGAAAUGAUCGGUAGAGCUGUUGAAGAAACCGGCGGAGAAAAUCCAGAACCUAUGUUGAUUCUUGAAACUCUCUUCAAGAUUUCUACAAGCUCUGAAGCUAGUUCAUCUAAAUCUAAGCUCAUAGAUGAGCUUAUUGGUAUGGGGUUUUCUGAGGAAUCAGUGAUCAAAGUAAUACAAGAACAUGGCGAAGAAAAUCUAGAGGAGAUAACAAAUACACUUCUUAGCUACGCAGAGGCAGAGAAAAUGCGUGGAACAGAGAAUGAGGACAUCAACAAUAACUACUUAUCAGAUGAUAAUGAUGACGACGGCAAUCUUUACUCAGGUUUAUCAUCCUCAGAUGAAGAGAAUGAGUUAAACUCAUUCCAUGAAGAUGGUAGAUUGCAAGAUCUGAUCAAAAUGGGUUAUCCAAGGAAAGAGGCUUCUAUAGCUUUAGAGAGAUGUGGAGAAAUUGCAAGUCUGGCAGAAAUAGUUGACUUCAUUUUUGCUGCUCAAAUGGCACGGCAACUAGAUGAGUUUUGGGCAGCUCCUGAGGUACAAGAGCGAAGAAUUAAUGAGCCACCGUCAAGAAGGAGAAAGCUGAACACUGACAUGGCCACCGAUGAAGAGCUCAUCCGUCUACCAAAUCCAAUGAUCGGGUUUGGUGUACCUAAGGAACCUGGACUUAUAACUGAGAGGCCAGUCCCUAUUCCUAAUAUUGCUCUUGGUCCCCCAUAUUUCUACUACGAGAAUGUUGCAAUGACACCCAAAGGUGUUUGGGACAAGAUGUCUAGUCACCUGUACGACAUCAAACCUGAAUUUGUGGACUCUCUGUACUUCUGUGCUGCUGCAAGGAAGAGAGGUUAUAUUCACAACCUCCCAAUCAAGAACAGGUUUGAGAUACAACCCACACCACACUAUACCAUACAAGAAGAGUUUCCUUUGACCAAGAAAUGGUGGCCUCCUUGGGAUAAACGAACGAAGCUGAACUGUGUGUUGACUUGCAUCGCCAGUGCUCAGCUCACAAACAGAAUACGCAAGCGUCUUGAAAAACAUGAGGGUGACCCAGCUGUGCAGAAAGAUGUCGUAGAUCAGUGCAAAAAAUGGAACCUGGUUUGGGUUGGUAAGAACAAAGCUGCCCCACUUGAACCUUACGAGAUGGAAAGGCUUCUAGGUUUCCCAAAUAACCAUACUCGUGGUAUAAGCAGAACGGACCGUUACAAGUCUCUAGGCAACUCAUUUCAGGUUGAUACUGUUGCCUAUCACUUGUCUGUCCUUAAGCCUUUGUACCCAAAAGGCAUAAAGGUCUUGUCACUUUUCACGGGCAUAGGUGGUGGAGAAGUGGCACUUCACCGUCUUCAGAUACCGAUGAAUCUAGUUGUAUCUGUUGAGAUUUCAGAAGUCAACAGGAACAUAUUCCGGAGUUUUUGGGAGCAGACAAAUCAAAGAGGUGAUCUGAUAGAGUUUACAAAUGUUGAAGAGCUAGACGACCAUAAGAUAGAGGUACUUAUGGACCAGUAUGGAGGGUUUGACCUUGUUAUAGGCGGUAGCCCCUGUAACAAUUUAGCUGGAGCUAAUAGGGUUAGUAGGAACGGACUUGAAGGAGACCAAUCAUCACUCUUCUAUGACUACUGCCGGAUUUUAGAGGCUGUUCGCCGCAAAGCCUCAAAAAUGAGGAGAUAAGA